UUCCCACUCGCUUCAUCACAAGAACCCUACACCAAAACCUCAACCAUCUUCUCCAAACCCUCUCUUCCACCACCACCACCACCACCACCAUGCCCCAAAAAUCAAAACCCAAAAAGCGCAAAACCCCAAAACCAGUAAUCAUUCCCACGCCGGAAAACCCAACCCCGUCGGAGUUCUCCACCGCCAUAGCCAGAACCGGCGUCGCCCAGAUCUGCCACUCGAUCGGCUUCAAGGUCACGCAGCUCUCCGCCCUCGAAACCUUAACCCACGUCGCGAUCAACUACCUCGCGGCCAUAGCCAAGUCCUCGGCCUCAUACGCCGCCAAGGCCAACCGCACCGACUCAAACCUCUUCGACUUCACGAACGCAAUCCACGACUUGUCGUUGGUGCACGGCUUCAACGGCGCGUCGGAGCUUCACAGGAGCUGCGUUUUGGGCUCGACUGUGUUGAAGGACCUGGCCAAGUUCGUGGAGUAUACUGAUGAGACUCCGUUUAUGUGGCCGAUUCCGCAGCGCGAGAGAAUGGGAGUUGAGGAGGAAUUGGUUUUGAGGAAUCGGGAAUCGGAUUCCGGGAGAGGUGUUGGGUUACAUGUUCCGAGAUGGCUGCCCGGGUUGCCGGAAGUUGGGAAGCCGAAACCUGUUAAGAGGCCUCAUGGGGAGGAGCUGUGGGAGAAUGUGGUGGUUGGGAAUGUGGAUAGUGGGAAUGGGAAUGAGAAUGCUGGGAAUGGGAAUAGGGAGUUGGGGGUUAAGAGUAAGAGGGGGAGAGUGAGGUUUAAGAUUGGAGUGGUUGAGGAGAAGGGAGGAGGGUGUGUGGGAGUGAAGAUGAGGAAUGGGAUUUGCAGAGGAGGGAAGAGAGUGUGUUGGAAUGGUAAUGGAAAUAAUGGGUCCAAUUUGAAUACUGGGAUUAGGAUCCUUGGAGUUGAUGAUGAUGGUGAUGGAAAAAGAUGAGUGUUAAAUUUGAUUGGUCCAGAGAAUUGAAAUGGGAUUGGUGUUUGUUUCCGACUUUCAGAAUUCAGACUCGGAAAGUCUGAUGCUUUUUGUUGGGUUGUUGAAAGCUACAGGACUCGAACGGAUGAUCUGCAUGCAAAAUGAAGAUUCGGGUGACUCACUAUGAGCCAUUCGGCCUACUGAAGCUAUUUUGCUCCGAAACCUAUAUUGCUACUUAUGUACUGUUUGGGUAGUAAACGGAAUGCUGGAAUUGUAAAUGUAAAUUCAUCUUUCUAUACAAUUUUAAAGAUGAGCUCCAGCUUUGAAGCAUUA